AUGAAUAAUACUAACAUAGAAGUAUUCGAAGACAAAAAGUUUCUACUUCAUCGUGUGAAAUUUUCAGUAUUACUUUCGCUACAAAUUCCAGCCAUUAUACUCUCUCUUCUCAUAUUUGUCUUUUUUAUUAAACAUCGAGCCGAUCUUCGUGCUCCACAUAAUAAAGCUUUAUUUAUCUUGCUUUUGGUUAAUUUCAUUCAAUUAUCAUUUGCAUUACCACUUCCACUUCAUUUCUAUUAUCUUGGUUAUGUCAAUCCAGCUACACCAACUUUUUGUACAUGGUGGACAUUCUUUGAAUUUACUCUUUAUGUAACAAGUGAAUAUUUAAUGGCAACAAUUUCUGUUCAACGACAUAUGCUUAUUUUUCAUGGACAUAUUCUGCGAAUCUCUUGGAUGCGUAUUCUUCUACAUAAUUUACCACUUCUUGUUUGUCUUAUUUAUCCUAUGGUCUUUUAUUGUUUUGCCAUUAUUUUGUAUCCAUGUGAUGGUACACAAUGGGAUUAUACUAGUAAUUUAUGUGGUUUUGGUGAUUGUUAUCUUCUUUUUGACAAAGUAUUGGGUACAUUUGAUUGGGCAUUUAACAAUGGAUUACCUAUGGUU